ACUACGUCAUCACGUAUUCAAAUCAGACACUUGGGUUUCCUGCGUGUUAGGAUCAUGGAUUUAGCAUCGAAAUGCAAACGCCUUUUAAACAACUGCCAGGUUUAUUGGGACUCGAUAAAUCGAAUAAACAUCUAACCAGGAAAUGUGAGAGUGGGUCUGUCUGUGUCCUGAGUGAAGAUGAGGCGUCUGAGCAGAAGGAAAGCCCUGAGUCUGGUGAAGGAGCUGGACGCCUUCCCCAAAGUUUCUGACAGCUAUGUGGAGACUUCCACUUCCGGCGGGACAGUGUCGCUCAUCGCUUUCAGCACCAUGGCUCUUCUGUCCGUCUUGGAGUUCUUUGUUUAUCAAGACACCUGGAUGAAAUAUGAAUAUGAAGUUGACAAAGAUUUUUCAAGUAAAUUACGAAUAAAUGUGGACGUCACGGUUGCCAUGAGAUGCCAGCACGUGGGAGCAGAUAUCCUGGAUUUGGCGGAAACCAUGAUCACGUCUGGUGGUUUGCAGUACGAGCCGGUUGUCUUUGAACUCACCCCAAAACAGAGAGAAUGGCAGAGCACUUUGCAUCGUAUUCAAAACAGGCUCAGAGAAGAACACGCUUUACAGGAAGUCUUAUACAAAAGUCUGCUGAAAGGAGCUCCAACCGCUCUGCCUCCCCGGGACGCUGUCUUUAUGCAGUCCCCCGACGCUUGCAGAAUACACGGAGAUAUUUACGUCAACAAGGUGGCGGGAAACCUGCACAUCACUGUGGGAAAGCCGAUCCACCAUCCUCAGGGCCAUGCGCACAUUGCAGCAUUUGUGAGCCAUGAGUCAUACAACUUCUCCCAUCGAAUAGAUCGCUUAUGUUUUGGCGAGGAGAUACCCGGCAUCAUCAAUCCUCUGGACGGCACAGAGAAAAUCACCUAUGACAAUAACCAGAUGUACCAGUACUUCAUUACAGUGGUGCCCACAAAACUGAAGACAUACAAGAUAACUGCAGACACACAUCAGUUCUCUGUGACGGAGCGGGAGAGGGUAAUCAACCACACAGCAGGAAGUCACGGCGUUUCCGGCAUCUUUUUCAAAUACGACACCAGCUCUCUGAUGGUGACGGUCAGCGAGCAGCACAUGCCCCUCUGGCAGUUCCUGGUGCGACUGUGCGGCAUCAUCGGAGGCAUUUACUCCACCACAGGCAUGCUUCACAGCCUCAUCGGCUUCUGCUUCGACAUCGUCUGCUGCCGCUUUAACCUCGGAGUCUACAGGCGCCGAGAGGACGCGCAGCUACAGAUGAAUAAUCUGAGCAACCACCACGCUCCUCUGCUGGCCCCCAACGCUGCUGCUCACGAGUGACGAGGGUUUUAAGUUUUUUGUUUUAAGCUCACUGGAGAAAUGUUCACUGCUGUCAUUUUGAUUAUAAAAAACAUGUUUGAAGCAGCAGAAGAUGCCGAUUUGUCCAACUGAGUAAAGCCAACUUGAAGAUUGAAGAUGCAAUUGUUUAGUUUUCCACAGUUUCCUCUUUGUUGAGCCGUCAAGAGGUUAAAAUUAAAAGAGCAAAAGUUGUUUGUCAUAAACCAACAAGUGCCAAGUUUAAAAAAAUAGAUGUGCAGGAAUGAAAAAAAACAACAAAAGGUGAGCAGAGGCUGAGCAUAACUGCCAAAACGAUGACAGCUUCCCAAGCUCGCGUCAUUUUUGAUACAACCGAACUUAAUUCAAUAUAGAUUUGUUGGCUUUUUGGUCAUAAAUUAAUAUUUAGUUUGAUAGUAUUCAUCAAAAAGAAAUAUUUACAUUUUUACAGUUAAAAUGAACAGAAAUUAAGAUUUUGCAUGUUAAAAAAAGGUUAACUGGAUUAUUAUGCUUUUUUUUUUUUUUUACACUCACCCCUAAAAUUAAUGGCAGCAAAUGAAACAGACUGCACUGCAGUUGCACUUUUUAAGUCAUUUUUAUUUCAUUUUUGCCAGACAGACAUUUUACAGAUUCUCGGAUGUCCCCCACCGCCGCCUCCGUCACUACCCCGUGAAAACAACGUUUGAGGGCGACGUGACAAGAACAGCUUUGUCGUCCUUUCAUCAGACUGUUAACACCAGACGUUAGCUUUGCAUAAACAUGAAGAGUUUGUCCCUUUUUUCUUCCCGUAAAAGGCUCAUUAUUGUUAUUCCAGCAAGCCUUUCAAUUCUGCACAGCUUUCCUCAUUUCUGUCUUUAAAAAAAAUAAAAGCCAUUGUUAAUA